AUGGGAUUUUCUGAGGAAAGGCAGCUUUCAACAAGCGAACGAACGAACGAAGUACGACAACAACAAGCUACCGCUGUACGACAACAACAAGCUACCGCUACCGCAACAAGAAGAGGAUUGGCAACAGUGGCUUCCGCUACCACUACAGUCUAUUGUGUCGGCAGACAACAAAACGCUACCGCUACCGCUACCGCUACCACUGUGACAACAACAACAACAACAACAACGGCUACCGCUACCGCUACCGCUAAUACCAAGUCCAUUGUGGAAGAUCAACUGCAACGAAGCUACGGCUACGGAAAGGUGUCCUCUGAGCAACAAAGAAGAGCGGAAGCUUAUCGGAGCGACGGGAAAAGCGCAGUAUUUGCGCUGUAUUUGUAUUCUCUACCGGAGCAGCCACCGGAGCAGCUGCCGCAGCGAAUUUUGACGACCGAAGCCACUAAGCCGACAACAACAAAGAGUUGGCUACUACAAUUUACAAACGAAAGAAUCAACAGCAGUCUAUUGCGUCGAGGAAAUAUGACCUGCUUCUGGUUUCUGGUUCAGCAAUUUUGA